AUGGCUUCAUAAUCAAAAAAAUAUAUUUCAGAAAAUAAAAGAGACACACUUUAAUUCUUAUCAAAACAUAGUUAAAGUGCAUAAAAAUUUACAGAAAACCAAGAAAAUGAAAAUCCAUAAUUUUUAAGUAUUGACAAACAAAAUAUUAAUUGUAAAAUAAGAAGUAGUAUUUUGACAAUUGAAACAAUAAGUAAUAAAAAAAAAUGUGAAAUAUUGAAAUUAAUAAAACCAGGUGCUAAUAACCAUGUAGAAUUUAUAAUAUAUGAUGAUGAAGAAGUAGGAAUAACAAAAUAAUUUUCUGAUAAAUUAUAAGAAGCUUAUGAUAGAGAUGAUGAUGUUGAAACAACUGAUAGUGUCUAAAAAUAGUUAUAGGAUAUAUGUUUAAAUGAUUUAGAAGAGGGGAUUUAAUAAAAUAUAAGUGAUUAAAAUAUAAGGAGUAUUAAUUUAAGGAGAAUUCGUAAAUAUUACAAUGAACUGGAUAGCAAAAAAGAAAUUUAAAAUUGA